AUGAAUGGGUACAUCAAGAGGAAUGCAUUUAAGGUCUUGGUGAAAUGGAUAUUCGAGAACCAACACAAGCUGCAGACUAUUCGAUGGUGUAGCUCUUCGCUGCGGUACAAAGAGCUAGAAGACUCAGUGCAGGCGGACCACGUGGCACCAUCGCCCACGCAAAAGCCACACCCACAAAUUACACCUGAAAUCUCCUUCAAGUACGAAGACUUGCAAGUACGACUCGCGGCGCCGUAUCAGCUCACCCCGAAACCCGAAGCUAAGGAACUAGGUUUCGGAAAGUAUUUCACCGAUCAUAUGCUCAAAAUUUAUUAUCACAAGGAACUCGGGGGAUGGCAAAAGCCGGAGAUCAUGCCAUUCGAGAACUUAAAUAUACAUCCCGCCGCGAAGGCACUUCAUUACGCCAUACAAUUAUUUGAAGGAUUGAAAGCGUACCGAGGUGUUGAUGAUAAAAUACGAUUGUUCAGGCCGGAACUUAACAUGGAAAGGAUGAACCUCGCAGCCCAGAGGUCCGGUUUGCCAAUGUUCGACGGAGAAGAGCUCGUUCAAUGCAUAAAACGAUUAGUACAAAUUGACCAGGAAUGGGUUCCGCAUUCAGAAACGUCGACCCUUUAUAUCCGACCAACGUUAAUAGGGAUCGAGCCCACUUUCGGAAUAAUGACGCCGGAGUCGGCAUUGCUGUUCGUAAUCCUGAGUCCAGUGAGCGCGUACUACAAGGCGAGCAGUGAUGGAGCGGUCUCAAUAUUCGCUGAUCCCAAUGUCGUACGCGCCUUCCCUGGAGGAGUUGGAAACAGAAAGGUCGGCUCUAAUUACGGACCCACUAUAGAGGCGACAGCGCGAGCUGCAAAAUUGGGGCACCAUCAAGUGCUAUGGCUCUUUGGUCCAGAUCACCAAUUAACAGAGGUCGGCGCCAUGAAUAUUUUUAUGGUGCACAUCAACGAUCAAGGAGAUAAACAAUUGAGUACGCCGCCACUGAACGGUUUGAUAUUGCCCGGAGUGACGCGUCGCUCCAUCAUCGAGCUGGCGAGCCAGUGGGAGGAUAUCGUCGUCAGAGAGGAAGUCAUCACAAUGGAACGCGUCAUACAACUCAACCAACAAGGAAGGUUGCUAGAAAUGUUCGGCGCGGGUACAGCCGUCAUCAUCAGCCCGAUUAGCAGGGUCGGCUUCCUCGAACAAAACAUUGACAUUCCCACGAUGAAACAGUCGAACCCCGUGUUCCAACGAGUGAAGGACACGCUGCUCGCGAUCCAAUACGGACACGUGGAGCAUCCGUACGCUAAGGUCAUAUCGUAGUGCGCGCCGGGGCGGUGCUGGACACCAUCGCCGCCGCCGGCCUAGUGAUGGGACACUUGUCGAUGUGUUAACUGUAACGUCUCUAUGAUGAGUUCACGAUAUGCGGAACGCGGAACGAGCGAGGAAGUGACACUGUGCCAUUUCAAUGCUACGCAUUACUUGUCAGUGAAAAUACGCCUCGUUGUGAAGUUAUCUUUAGCGAUAUCACUGUAGUUUAUUUAUUCUCUUGAUCACCCACAACGGCGCAAAAUAAACGUGUUUUGAUACUUUUUGUGCUCGCUUCCGUUGUAUAUAUUUUGUUUAAUCGGUUAAAGGGAUUUAAAUGUGGAACUUCAUGUAAUUUGUUUACCUAUCUGAGCAGACAGCGUUUAAAAGUAAAGUCGUUAGUGUUUCGAAUUCAUUAGCUGAAAUUAUUCUAUUGUGAAUGUGACAAACUUAAGAACUCACUACUGUUGACCUGUGAAUUUAUAUUUUAACGUUCGUAUCUUCGUGUAAACAAAAUUAAAUGGACAAUGUGAUAUUAAUGUGUAAUUAAAUAUUAAGUACGAACUUGACCUUUGAAUUGCAUGUCAAUAUUCACAUAAUCUACGAGUGCUAAUUAUUUCUAUCGAUUUUAAUGUCGCAUCUAUAUAAUGUGUAAAUUUAUAGCAACCACAAUCAAUAUUUUGCACUGCAU